AUGCCAACCUUUGCGGGAACAAGCGAGAAACCCGUGGAGUAUCACCUUGAACCGCCCACCAAGGGGGUGGCCCGACCGGCACCUAGGGUCUGGGAACGCGGCGCUGGAGGACAAAACUCACCAGAUAUGAAUCAGACUUGUGCGGAACCGGGUGUUACCGUUUCCAUGCGGGAACUUGUCGCAAUGGCACGGGAAAUAGCGCGGGCAACCCAGAGGUCCAUAGGAUACGAGGACGGCACGAACAUGAAGAAUUUUCUCGACCUUGCAGAGUUAGAUUUCCUUGAACGGGGGUUGGAAGAACAGCAAUGGGGGGAAGAGCUCAAAAGAUACCUGAAGGGAGACGCCUUAGGUUACUGGUUGUAUUUGCGUCGUACAAGAGAACCCAUGACUGAUUGGGAGUAUCUUAAACAGUGCUUAUGCGAGCACUUCGGUUGCAUAACUAAGGAACGGAUGAUAGCUCUGAUGGCGGAGAAUGUAUGGAGGGGCGACCACCGCGCAUACUCUGCACGCUUUGCAACAAUCGUGGCACAAGGGGUGUCAGUGGCUAGAGAACAUUUGGUGGGAUUCUACUUGGCCAACCUACCGGACGAAAUAGCACAACGAUUAACUGAAGAGGGAACAAGGAAGUUUACGGACUGGCAAGAAGCCGCCGCAGCCCUGGCUGCUAUGAGGGCACCGUGGAAAGAUUUCUGUGAAGACCGUCUCCGAUACCGGCGGGAGAUGGAGGAUGCCCAGCGUAGUCGGGCUUACAGCAGGCGAGAUUCAGGAUGGAAUGAUAUCCCAGACUUGCGUUGCUAUGCGUGCAGCGGAAAGGGACAUGCGAGCAGGGACUGUCCGCUCCGUAACGGAGCGACGCGACGAACUGGGGAAACGUGCUCCCG